UCUGCAAUCCAUUGUACUUCCCAGUCCAAACUGCUGAAGGCGUGGCAAAACGGUUGCCAUCCAAUGCCGCUCUUCUCACUUGGUACAAGCUAGUAUCAUCUCAUGUCGCGCUCACCUCGCGCUCACAAGCAUGUGGGUUUAGAAAACAAACAGGAAGAGAAAGAUCCCGACGCUGACUAUUUAGUUCCAUCUCUCUCCGCUGCCUUGCUUGUUCCUCAUCCCCAACAUCACUCGAGCUCUUCCUUUCUUGGCCCACUCUGUCCACAUUGGAACCCAAGAUCACAUUGCCCACACAAACCACAUACCAACACCAACACCACCUCCGCUAUAAUGGAACCCAUGGACGCCGAAGAAGGCCGUGCGCUCAUCCACAUUCUGUUGGACGUAUUGCAAACGACCCUGCCCUACUACGACUCCCAACGCAACCCGAACUCUGCAUUGGACAAGAAGCUCAAGAACUUGGACGAGGCGCUGGCGUAUCUCGUCAGUCGCCCCAAGGGCACGCAGGGAUGGAGGGCCCGUGAGAUCCUCCCGACGUCGAAAUACCUCCAACCCGCUACGGACCAGUUCACUGUCCUGAGCGCCAAGAUUGAUCGCUUGAAGGAAACAAUUGCCCAGACGCAGCAGGAACCGUCGCUGAAGACGGUCAACGAAGGAACUCGAGGGCUUCGGGACGACCUGGCGCUAGCCCUCCCUGAAAUUCUGGCCGCGUCGCGGGAGCGGCGGGAGCGAAUAACGGAACCCAUAAGUUCACGUCCGAUCGCUGACUGGCGCUUUCUGGUACCCAUGAGUUGGCGUGUGGUGGCUCUCUCUGGCAAUCAAGGGUGACAGAGCACUCCAAGGGGGAAUGAAUGCACAGUGGAAGAAGAUGAAGAAGCAAUGAGAGGCGGAGACAGUAUGGAGAGCAGACGUGGCUAGAUGAGCUGUGCACAUAGGAAUCAACAAAAAUACACGUCAACUGUCAAUCACAAAUCUGUCUCGCGCACGUCUUCUGAUACUAGUCGUACUGGUAAACAAAAC